AUGCUUGAGGAUUCCGAUACGAGCACAAUCUUCGUUCAUUUCGACAUCGACCCCGCGCCUGCGGCCGCUCCACCUCCACGCGUCGAUCUGUGCAGACGUGACAAAACCGAAACCGUGCGGCUUACCCACGCCAGUUCAACACCGCGUCUAAUCAGCCGGCCGCUCCUGCGACCAAACUAUCCCCGGGUUAAGACGGGCUGCUUUACGUGUCGUCGGAGGAAGAAGAAAUGCGAUGAGACGAAACCGCGUUGCGCUGGUUGUCGGCGGAAUCAUGAAAACUGCCAGUGGCCGUUGCCGGUAGCAGGCAGCGCAUCUCACGACCAGCCCGAGAAGUCGACAUCUUGCUCGGACCGGCCGCUUCAGCAACGCGAGGUUCCUACGGGGCCGAUGUUGGCGACAGCCCCAGUUCAGAAGAACCCCUUUGUCACGCACAUUGUGCCGCUCGCCUAUACGGACGAUUUGCUCAUGCAUAGCGUGCUCGCCCUCAGUGGAACACAUCUGGCCUUCCAAAGGGAUUCGGAUGUUCGGAUCCAAACCGCAACAUGGCAGCAUUAUUCAGUCGUUGUCCGCGGCUUGCGAUCCGAAUUGGGCAGCCUGGGCUCGGACGACUUUCAGAAGACGUUGAGCUUGCUUCUGGUCUUGAUAGUGCUGUGCCACUACGAGCUUAUAUCUGGAGACAUUAAAGGCACAAUCUUUCAACACCUGCGUGCAAGUCGGGAACUAAUCCACCCGCUUUUGGCACACUUACAUAACCAUGGCCAUCUUGGAUCCAGCAACAAUACUGCCUCACUAGGCCUGUGUCUAGAGCUCUACGCUUACAUUCUGAUAACCAACUCCUGCAAGCCUCAUGGAACUGGAUCAGGGUGUGCCGUUCAUUAUGAUUCCUUUGUCACAUGUCUGAGCAAUCUCAGCUCGUAUUCGACAUUUGGCACCAUGUUCGGUGACUGUCAUGGACUGUUUGAGCUGAUCCCUCAAGUUACGCUGCUAGCUGCUAGACGAUUGGCGGAGGAGGAAGCCCGAGUUGCAUCACCAUCCCUGGAUUCGGUGCGGAUUUAUGAAAGCCUAGAGAACCGGAUCGACUCUUGGGUGCUCCCAACACCAUUUCCAAAUGACGAUCCUGCCGACUACGAGGAGGCAGGAUUGGCUGCCGAGGCUUUUCGAUACGGCUUGCGUAUUUAUCUUGCAGCGGCGCUUGCGGGCUCACUAAUCUCUGAUCCAGAGACUCGGCACGCGAUUCAAUCGCACAUUGAUGCAAUAAUCGAGAUUUCGCACUCCCUAGGUCCAUCUCGAUGGCAAACCAUUAUGCUGUGGCCUCUCGUCAUGGCUGGAUCGUGCAUGACCAACAUUACGGAGCGCUGCGAGUUGGUUGGAAGCUUGAGGGCGUCCAGAUACCGCAUGAAACAUGUUUUUGCAAUUUGCAACGUACUGGAGCUGCUUUGGGAGACGGAUUGUGCACAAGCAUUUGGACCAUACGGUUUGUACUUAAUGGAAAAGAAAGGAUUCUGGAUUCCAAUGUUAUAA